GGAUUUUUGGGAAUUCCGGGCAGAUUUUGACGGGGAUUUUUGUUCUGGACUUUCGUGAUUUUCGGGGCGGAUUUUUGGGUCGGAUUUCCCUGAUUUCGGGUGUGUCUCUCCUCCCCAGGCGGGGCGAUGUCGCGCGGGUACUUCCAGCACGGGGGGGUGACCUUCCCGGGGCUCCUUUACUCCCCCCGCGGCCUCGAGGCCGCCCGCGACUUCCCCGUGGAGGACGACGACGUCUUCAACGUCACCUACCAGAAAUCCGGCACGGUGUGGAUGCUGGAGAUCCUGAGCCUGAUCCGCCAGGGCGGGGACCCCUCGUGGUGCCGCUCGGUGCCCAACUGGGAGCGGGGCCCGUGGCUGGAGACGCUGCUGGGGCUGCGGCGGGCGCGCGCCAACGCCCGGCCCCGCAUCAUCAGCUCCCACCUGCCCCUGCACCUCUUCCCCCGCGGCUGCUUCCGAUCCAAGGCCAAGAUUGGGGGUUUAGAAGGAGAGAAAUGGGAAAUUGGGGGAAUUUCGGGGGACUGGCGCAACCACCUGAGCCCGGAGCAGAGCCAGCGCUUCGACCGCGUCUACCGCGAGCGCAUGGAGGGCCUGGGGGUCUCCUUCCCCUGGGACCCCCCGGAAUCCCCCCCAAAAUCCGGGGAGCCCCCCCAAAAACCGGGGGAACCCCAAAAACCGGGGGAAACAGCCCAAAAAACCAGCCAGGAUACCCCAAAAGAGGAGGAAAUAACCCAAAAAGUCCCUCAGGAAUCCCAAAAAGAGGGGGAAAUGCCCCAAAAAAAUAUCCAAGAUACUCCAAAAGAGAGGGAAAUACCCCAAAAAAUCCCUCAGGAAUCCCAAAAAGAGGGCGAAAUGCCCCAAAAAAACAACCAGGAUACCCCAAAAGAGGGGGAAACAACCGAAAAAACCACCCAGGAUACCCCAAAAGAAGGGGAAAUAGCCCAAAAAAAUAUCCAAGAUACUCCAAAAGAGAGGGAAAUACCCCAAAAAAUCCCUCAGGAAUCCCAAAAAGAGGGCGAAAUGCCCCAAAAAAACAACCAGGAUACCCCAAAAGAGGGGGAAACAACCGAAAAAACCACCCAGGAUACCCCAAAAGAAGGGGAAAUAGCCCAAAAAAAUAUCCAAGAUACUCCAAAUGAGGGGGAAAUACCCCAAAAAAAUGCUCGAGAUACUCCAAAAGAGGGGGAAACUCCCCAAAAAAUCCCUCAAGAAUCCCAAAAAGUGGAGGAAAUCCCCAAAAAGCCUCCUCAGGAUGCCCCAAAAAACUCUCAGGAUACCCCAAAAGAGGGGGAAAAUCCCCCAAAAAAUCCUCAGGACCCCCAAAAAGAGGGAGAAACCCCCCAAAAAACCACCCAGGACCCCCCCAAAACCCCUUAGGAUCCCCAAAAAGAGGGGGAAACGCC